AUGACAAUUCGGGUAUCCGUGGGUUUGCUGAGUGGCGAGCAGCGGGACGUCGAGGUUGAUCCACAGGAUGCGGUUUGGGUCCUGCAGCUUCAAGCAGGGGCAGCUCUGGGAGCACGCCUGCAGGGCUUGGUGACUCCGGAGGGCAAGGUUCUUGCGCCGCACAGCAAAGUGCAAGAGUCCCUGCGGGAUGGUGAUGCUGUGACCAUGCUGCUGAGCCGUGUCCCGCGGCUUCAUGCUGGCUGCGCUGCCUUUGCUGUGGUUUCCGAACAUGGAGAAGCACUGGCCUGGGGCCACCCCCAGCGAGGGGGCGACUGCUCGGCUGUCCAGGACGAUCUCGUAGGCAUCCUGCAGCUCAGCACGCACUCUUUCGCGUUCGCAGCUCUUCGAAGAGACGGCUCUGUCGUCACUUGGGGCAAUGCCGGCAGGGGAGGCGAAGAAGUGCAGCGUUUGCUGUGCAGUUCGGGCAGUGGAAGCCAGCCAUGA